AUGGCUUCCACAGUCUUGCAAAUCUUCUCCUUUGUAUACUUGUUACUCCUUUUCACAUGCACCGCAUCGUUAUUAAGCCAUCAUGAGGAGUGUUUAGCUUUGUUUCAAUUUAAGCAAACCAUUCUUCAUCAAAACUAUAAUGAUGCUGCUGGGUUCCAAAAGUUUGAUUCUUGGAGCAACACUUCAGAUUCUGAUUGUUGUUUGUUUGACGGUGUGGUGUGUAGCAAUACGGGCCAUGUGAUCGGGCUUCACUGGAGCAGAAGCUCUCUCGGUGGAAUUAUCGACUCUAGUAGCACCCUCUUCAAGCUUGUUCACCUACAGGUACUUGAUCUCUCCAUGAACAACUUUGUUGAGUCUCAAAUCCCCCAUGAGAUUGCUGGUCUUACGCAAUUAAGAAGCCUUGAUCUCUCUAAUUCUGGAUUCAAUGGGCAAAUCCCAAAUGAAAUCUCACGAUUAAUACAGCUUUCUUCGCUAGAUUUAUCAGGGAAUCCCCUAAGGCUUCAAAGUCCCGGUCUUGAGUAUUUGUUGGAAAACGUGUCUAGACUUGAAUUUCUCAAUCUCUCCGGGGUUGAUCUUAGUUCUUCAGUACCUCGUAUUUUGGCCAAUUUUUCUUCUUUGAGGUCUAUCAUACUUUCAGGUUGUCAGCUUCAAGGUGAAUUUCCGUCAGCAAUAUUUCAUUUACCGAAGUUAAAUCAUCUUAGCAUGAAACACAAUCCUAAUCUCACUGGUUUCCUGCCUGAAUUCCACAACAAUUCCUUACUUGAGAAUCUAAAUCUGUUUUCAACAGGUUUUGCUGGGAUUAUACCAGAAUCUAUAAGCAACCUGAGGCAUAUAGAAGUCUUGUCCCUUGGAAGUUGUUAUUUUUCGGGUCAUAUUCCAGGUUCACUCCCAAACUUGACACAACUAACUUACUUGUCUAUUUCAAAAAAUGAGUUAACCGGACAAGUUCCUUCAUUGGCAAGCCUUUCGAAACUCACUGAUUUGGAUCUUGGUUUUAAUAGUUUCGAGAUAGGACACAUGUACGAUUGGAUUAACAAGCUUACAAAGCUUACCGUAUUAGAUCUAGAUCAUAUGAACAUACACGAUGAAAUCCUACCCUAUCUUGGAAACCUUACCAACCUUAAUUUUGUCUCCAUGGCGGGAAAUUUUAUUUUUGGUCAUAUCCCAUCUUCAUUUAUGAACCUCACCCAACUAACACUCUUAGACCUUAGAAUUAAUCAACUGCAAGGACAAAUUUCAAGCUCUUUUUCAAACUUCAAAAGUCUCGAAAAUCUUAACUUAGGUCAUAACAAUUUUAGCGGAAAAGUGGGCAUAGAAGCGUUUUUAGGACUCGACAAACUCGAACUUUUGGCACUAGAUGGUAAUAGCUUGUCAUUUGUAACCACCACCAACUACACCAAUGACACCCUACCAGAAUUGAAAUAUCUAGGACUGGCAUCAUGCAACUUGAAGGAAUUCCCAGCUUUUUUGCGCUACCAAAGGAAUUUGAUAGGCUUAUUCCUUUACAACAAUGAAAUUGAAGGGUUCAUACCAAAUUGGAUUUGGAAUAAUAACCGAGAAACAUUACAGAUAUUCAGCGUUGGAAACAACCUCAUCACUGGCUUUCAUCAGCAUCCUCGUUUUCUCCCAUGGAUUAAUUUGGAAGCAUUCGACGUGUCAUAUAAUCAGCUACAAGGGCAGCUUCCAAUUCCCCCACAGACCAUAAUUCUUUAUGAUGUCUCAAACAAUAAUCUAACAGGAGAAAUACCACCAUGGAUAUGUGAACUCAAAUUCCUUCAACUCCUAGAUUUGUCAUCUAACAUGAUGACUGGAACCCUUCCUCCAUGUUUAAGCAAUUUAAAGAAUUCAUUGUCGGUUCUAGAUCUGAAACGAAAUGACUUUCAUGGACCGAUGGUAAGUAUGUGUACGCAUGGAAGCCUUUUGAAGACAAUUGAUUUGAGCGAAAAUCAAUUUACUGGUCAGGUAUCAAAAUCUUUGGCUAACUGUACCAAUUUAGAGUUUCUCUCUCUUGCAGAUAACUCUUUUGAAGAUGUUUUUCCUCUUUGGUUGGGAACUCUUCCUAAGCUACAAGUGGUCAUUUUGAGGUCUAAUAAAUUUUAUGGUGAAAUUCAAGGUCUCACAACUAUUAGCUCACAGUUUUCUAAGUUGAGGAUCAUAGACAUUUCCAACAACGCUUUUAGUGGUCAAUUGCCUGAUAAGGCAUUCCACACAUGGAACGCAAUGAAAUCUGCUUUUAUCCAUGAAUCAUAUGUCAUGAUAUCCCAGAUACCCUUUGAUAAUGUAAAGCCUUUUGAGUUUCCGUACUCAAUGACGUUAACAAACAAAGGUGUGAAGAGAGAGUACACAAAAAUUCUAAACAUAUUCACAGCCAUCGACCUCUCAUGUAACAAAUUUGAUGGGCAUAUCCCACAAUCACUCCAAGAUCUUCAUGGGCUUCAGUCUCUUAAUCUUUCCAACAACCAUUUUACCGGCCAUUUCUUGCCGUCCUUGGGAUACCUAAAGAAUCUUGAAUCUUUGGAUCUUUCCCAAAACGAGCUAUCAGGACAAAUCCCUCAACAAUUGUUGCAGCUUGGCUUCUUAGCUAUAUUGAACGUGUCAUUCAACAACCUUGAUGGGCACAUACCUCAAGGGAAACAAUUCAACACAUUUGAUAACAAUUCCUACUUGGGCAAUCCCCAAUUGUGUGGAAAACCGCUAUCCAAGGAAUGUGAAAAAUCAAAGGCACCAUCAAUACUUCCACCAACAAGCAGCAAUGAGUACGAGUCUCUCCUGCCAAGUGACAAAAUUGAUUGGAUGGUGAUAUUAUUGGGUGUCGGGAGCGGUUUGGUAGUUGGAAUUAUUAUAGGGAAUUUUGUAUAUUCAAUGUAUGGUGAUUGGCUCCUUGAACGAUUCGGUAUGAGGAAUGACAGAUGGGUAAGGCCAUUAAGGAACACGAGGAAAAACUACAGUCCCUGA